GUUGGCCUUUCAUGAUAUCACCGGAGUGACUAGUCAUGAAGAUUCGGGGCAAAAUUCUGUGCACAUCUGUAUACCACAGUGCUCGCAGAUGGCACGACUGGUUUGCCAUCUGGCGAGCCCGCUGAAAAGUCGAAGGACCCGGUGGCAGGGAGAGAAUACGAGUGGCGCGCUUAGCUUCGGAAGAGUAAAAACUCCGGUUCGGAUCAUGGGUUCGAAGAGGAGGUGCGGGGAGUAGGGGGUGGCCUUGGUGCUGGUCUGGUCUGGGCGUCAGCCAGCGGAACUUUGUUUAGGUCGCCUGUUUUCGUGUCGCGCUUCUCACUCGAUUAAUCGAUCCAAUCGAUCAAUUGCUCGUGGCCCUAGGACACGGACAAGAGGAGGGGACGAGAGGUGUGACAGGGUGAGGAUAGUUUGGACACGCCAUUGUGAGGGACAUAGGGAGGAAGGAGGAGGAGGCCAAGUUAUUUGGAAGGCAUCAUGUGGAGGGCAUGAUCGGUAGCUAUGGAGCACGGGAAGUCGAGGUAGGAGAAGCUUUCUCUCUGUGUCGCCUGGUUUCGAUUAUGUACAGGAAGGCAUCUGGAAAUUGUCGGAAUUCCUGUUGGACUGCUGAAGGGGUUUGACAGCCAAACAGCUAUGGAGGAUGGGAGGUCGAGGUAGGGGGAGGGGAGCUCUCUUUGUGUUGCCUAGAUUCAGUUGAGUGAGGAAGGGUGUUGAGGUCGGGGUAUGGCGGAUCGGGUUAGAGGGCUCAUUGCUGAGUAGAAUGUGCAGUGAAGCGGACGAGGAAGAGGUGGAUUUGUUAAGUGAUGAACACCCGGAUCAUGGAUAAGAUGGGGAGUGGGGGAUAUUGUCGUUGUAAUUGAGCGGAACGUCGAAGAAAGGCAAGGCUUUUUAGGGGACUAUGGGUGACGCUAAUAUUAGUCCCGGGGAAGAGCCCAAUAUUGAAACUUUGAGAAAGCUGGCCUUGUUAUCCAUGCCCAAGAGGCAAGGACGGAACUCGACGCCAUCCAAUCCCUCUUUGAAAUGCGAAGGGCCCAUGGUUUUUCCCAGCCCUGCUACAAUUCCUGAUGACAAAGAAGAGGGUGAACUGUCUUCGGACGAUGAUGCUGAAGGUGCUACAGCGGCGUUUGCCUCAGUGGAAUCCACACUGAAUCACGGUCAGGUUCUUUUAAAAUCACUGAUCCCUCUCCAAGGAAGUACGACGGAAAUGCUUGCACCAUGUGUCAGUUAUACGGGAUCCGAUUCUCAUGAAGCUGAGGCAUUUCUUGCUAGUUUGCGGAUCCCCGUACCAAAGCUAUCUCGAUCACUUGGGGACGACAAGAAGGAGGACGACUUUGUUAUCAAGUUUGACGAGGACAGUGACAGCGACGGGGAUCAUCAAAAUUCUUUGAGUUCCUCCUCUACACAGUUGGGUAGCAACCCAGAGAAGAUCACCCUUGGCAGCGUUGGCGUGCCGAACUCGACACCCCUAUCGCAAGCCACUUCAGCAGGGCCUAAUCAAAAACCUUCAGGUUUGAAAUCGGAAAUAGAUCGCAUGAAGAAGCAGAUAGCUGCGAUGGAACGAAGUAAGGCAAAACCGCCAGUGCUUCCUGUUAUUGGCAAGUCCCCUCGAGCUGUAGCUAUAGAUACGGUUCGUCCAAACGUCUCGACAGCGACAGAUGCCAAGUCACUUGUCCAAGUGGGGUCAGGAAACUUACGCUCUGGUCCAGAUUUGGAAAGCUUAAGGCUUCAGAUUGCAGCUAAAGAGAGUGAAUUGCAAGAGAGAAGAAAGCGUCUAGCAGCGAGAGGACCCGAACCUAGCAAAGUGGGAAGUGACUUGAAGGAAAUUGCUGUUGGAGUUUCCAUAACAUCUGUGCCUUUGCUGUCUAGGACAAACAGUUCCCUUAAUGCCGGACCAGCGCCUGUGUCCACUAGCACUAGCGCGGUGGAAAAGAUAUCGGCAGAAAAUAGGAAGGAAGUUUCGCUUCAAGCUGAUGGUCUCAUAGCUCUGGCAUCUACAAGUCCUGCCGGAGUUGGCCUCGCUGGCCACAAGAAGGAUGUGAGUUCGAGUGGGCUGGAUAUAUGCGCUGAUCAUCAUAAUGUGACCGAUGAAACAUGUAAGCUACCAUCAUAUCGCGCCGGGACCCUUUCCAACAACUUUCUCGGAAGGCAGAGUACCGGUAAAGGAAUGAAAAGACCUCAUGUGGGAGUGGAAUCUGUACAGAGCACGAAGGUGGCAAGAGUUGAAGGUGUUCUUCCUUUGCUGGACAAUCAGCCCGGAACAAUGACUUCAAAAGGACUAGGUUUGUCAGUGAAUCUGCCCGUUAAAGCUAAUGGAACUUGCAAGUCCUUGCCUGUACAAGGUACAAGCCAGCACAAGCGGAAAGUAGAUGCCAUUGAAAUGCCUUGUAAAGUUUCUGUGGAGGUACCAGGCCCCAGCAACUCUGGAGGCUCUGAUGCGCCUAAGAAACUCAAGAUAUCGGCAGAAGCAGGUCAGGUGGAGGCCACCCGAGGGGAGAGACUUCCGAACCUGAAGCACCCAGGGCUUGUUCAAAGCUGUCAAGCUCCUCGAGCCAUCUCGUCUGCCGGUCCUGUUCAAGCGCUAGUUGUCAGUGAAAAGGUAAGUCCAGCGAGCACGUUAUCACCUACUCAUACCAUCGGAUUGAUACCAGUUCCAGAUAGCACUUUCAGAAUAGCUUUUAGCGGUGAGGAUGUCGUAAGGGGAGAAAAACCAGCGAGGGACACGGAGGAUGGUUUGGCAAAUGGGUGGAAAGAUGGAGGUAUCGCAGCAGGGAGUGUGCAAAAUUCUGAGGUGCCUACCUUAUCUCAAGGGUUGGCUAGGAUUUUUGUGAACGAAGACGAUCGGAGAUCCAAAGCACAGAAACCGAGGUUUCAGUAUGAAGGAUCACACGCGUUAGCAGCUCUUGCUGGAGUUUCUGUUCCUGAUGCUGGUGUUACUAAACCCGGGGCCGGAACAGAGCCGUCAGCGAAGAAGCAUGAUAUUGUUUCUAGCAAUGAACGAGUACGAGAAGGCAUGAAAGUCAAGACUGGCAUGUAUUUGAGGCCAUCAAGUGUAUUGCUGACACCAGAAGUUCAUCCCGCACAGUCCUUAGGUUUAGGUUGUUCCAACGCUGACAACUGGGAUAUUGACCCUGAUUCUGAAACGUUCGAGCAAUUACAAGCCCAGGAGGAGUUGCUCGAUAAGGAGCUUGAAGAAGCACAAGAAAGGAGACACCACUGCGAACUUAGAGAGAGAGCUGCUCGAAAGGAGUAUCGGGAGUCUCAGAGAGCUCUUCGUGAAGUCAAUGCCCAUUGUGAUCUUCUGAACCAGAGGAAAGAGUUUUUAUUGUCUCGUAUCCACCUGGUUGAAGGCAGACAGUACUCCAGAAAGUUCUCUACUAACAGGGAACCCUUGUUAAUAUCAUCCGUUGAUAAUUCUUCUCUUAGAUUAACUGGUCCUGAGGUUGCCCCUCCUUGCAGUAUGGAGAAGCCUCCAACAUCUUUGGAACCUUGUGCUCGUUAUUUGCCAUCUUAUCAACCAUCCACAGAGCCAGAGCCCUGUGGCGCAAACGGAGAGGAGAAUCUUACCAUCCAAGUUGCGGAGAGUAUAGGACCCUCUUCUAUGAAGGACGCUGGGUUGACAACCGGGCUUCAAAGAUGGAGAAGAGAUUCGGUCACUUCUGCGGACGAAGAUGAUGAGCACAUCACAGGAGUUGUGCCUUCAGAUGGAAUAUCACAGGAAGCAGUUGUGCAUGUGUAUGACAGAGACGUAGUUUCUCGAAGAGAACCGAUGGAAAGUACCUACCUAGAGCCACGAAGGAGUCCUUUAGUUGUGCCACAAACUGAAAGCAGGGACCUUCGACCUGUAAGAGCAACUGAGGUUGUAGCGGCACCUUCUGGUACCCGUAUUCUUGUUUCAGAGGAAAGUGAAGCCAAGAUUCCGGAAGGAGGAAAGCCAGAUAUUAGUGCUCCUGGAGGCCAGCAUGUUUCUGUCAGCUGUGGGGAGAUAACAGCUGCAGGGUGUGACACAGAUCUCAACAGAGUAUCGGCCAGAGGAAAAGAAGUACCGGCCAAAUGCGACGCAUCCCUAUCAAAACACUCAGAGAAGCAAGGCUAUCAUACUAUAGCUACUGAUUGUGGAUUAAACGCUGUGUCCAGCUGGGAAGUAGCAUCACGAAACAAGUCUCAUGACUAUGAGGAGACCUUCAAUUCGGCCAUCAACUUUGCAGCGGGUGUACAUCAUGAGGACGGUGAUCCUGGUACUUCCGCGGCUGAAAUUUUAAUGGAUGGAUUGAAAAAUGUUUUGCAAGAUCCCUGCAUUGUAAUUGGGAAAAUGAAACAGGGAUCGCUUCCUGUCGCGAGCGCGGCGGAUAAAGACCGUGACCGAGAGUUUAAAUCACCGGCUGUAGAAGUUGUUGAGGUUGUUUCUCCAGUUGACGGGGGUGUUUUGAGAGCCCGGGGUCGAAGUACUCAUGAGUUAGGACUGUCUACUUGUUUUGAAGACAGAGCGUUCGAUGUGCCAGAAUUACGAAGUAGUGAUGAUGGUGAUGGCCUGGAAAAGGAUCAAGGUCAUGGCCUUAAGUCGUGUACCGGUGAUGUUGAUCAUCAUUCGACUUCAAACUCUGGGAAAGUGAUGGCUGUCAUCGAAGAUGGUCCCGUAGUUGAUUUCCUUAAGGCAGGAACUUUUAGCAAUCAAGAUUCGGACAAAUCUGAGGACCUGGCUACAAAGCAUCAAGGUUUACUUUCAGAAAGAAUUCUUAUGAACGGAGUAACAGGGCCGGAUAUUGACAUUGGUGUCAAAGUCUCCGGCGGAGUAGCUGAUGGAGGAUGCCUGUCAGUAGAGCAUCGACUAAAUUUAUCUCGAGCUGCAUCUGAAGAGAUGAAGCUCAGUCCUACCGCUUCAGUCAGUGAAAGCUCCCGGGAAAUUUUUUCAGAGCCUCGAAGAGGAUCUUGUGCUGAUUCUGAAGAUUUCUCUACCUGCACAGACCAUGUUCGACCUCAAGGUCAAAGCAAAACCAUGAGCUCAAACAUGUUGACUGAGCAAGGAGCAAUGUGCCAGUCCUCUCUCUCUGCAGGUGAUACGGAUGCAAUGGAACAAUACGAGGAGACACACUCCCUUGAGAAGCUUAAGACCACGAAGAAGGUACAUGAUGGUUCUUCUUUGAGGAUCUUUGGAGCGAACAGCGAAACGGAUGUUCGCAGCUGUUUGUCUCAGCCCGAUUCUAGGCCUGCUUUGGAGACGAGACAAGAAAAUUUAGUUGGAGGAAUUCCAAGUCAUGACCGUCAAACAUUGUCAGCUUUUGAGACAGUGCAUGUUACAGCAGAACAGUAUUCUCUGUCGCUUCAAUCCGCCUGCCGUGACAAGGUGUCCACAGUAAAUGAUCGAUGCAGCCCAGAAUUCGAGGAUGGAAUUGCAUCGCUUGAAUGUGAUCCUCCGCGGAGAGAUCCCGGGCUGGACCAAUCGUUCAUCGCUCCGUUCGAUCCAAACCUUCAACGUCUCAAUGAAGAUGUUCGCUCUGACAAGGAGAGUGUGAUAAGAGAAGGUGUGGAAAUGGUUGGUCCCUGUAGCAAAGAUGACGAUUACUCUCAGAAGCAGUCGGUGGCCUUGACCGGAGUGGAUGAGGGACAAACCACGGUACAUGGCGACAGCUUUGCCAGGGAGUCUGCCGAUGAGGUUUCUCCUGAUAUUGAAGCCGAGAACAAUCAACCGGCGUGUCGAACUCUGGACGCGCUUGAGUCCAAGCAUUCUAAUUUGAAUAGGAACAUAGAGAACAGCAAACGAGUUGAGGUAGAGGUCUUCAAGAAGUCUUCGUUGGAGGUAAAUGUUCGCAAAAGACCUUCCGGAGAUGAAAAAGACGUGGCUAAGAUGGGUUUUCGAACACCGACUGAUGCCGAUAAGGAGCAGAUUAUACCGCCGUUACAACACCACCUUCUGGGCCAGCUCUUGGAUCUGUUUGGGGUAAGGACCCACGGUGAGGCUGGCGAUGAAGAAUACCAGGGCUGCAAAGGUCCUCUGAUUGCUUUGCCAGCAGACAAUGGUGUUGAGGAAGCACAAUCAUCGCAAGUGGAGUGUCCUGAACCAGUUGCACAGAGUGCAGUACAAUCACAUAAGACAUUGGAAGAGAAGACGGAGGUUUUAUCCAACGCUGCCCUAAGGCGAUUGCCUCAUAUUCCUUCGGAACCUUGGUUUCCAUCAGCAGAGGCGUUCGACGCGCUUAGAUACAUUCCGAGAGAUAUCGUUUCAUUUGCAGACACGCCCAUGUUCGAGAGAACCACAAGUUCUGGGGAGAAAGAUCUCUCUUCGGCUACUGUAACUCCGGCUGUUCUUCCGAGAUACGAAAGUCCAUUGGCCGUCUUUCGUUCUUACAGAUCUUUUCCUCAAUUUGCAGAUGUCACGAGACUUUCAAGUAGGUCAAGCACUUGGAGUCAUGCGAUCAAUCCACACAAGCCCUUGUGUAGAUUUGAACAUAGGGGUCAGUGUAGAAAUAAUCACUGUCCAUGGCAACAUGCUGAUGACUACACGUUAUCUCCCUCCCAUGUCUUGUCUGAGUCUGCAAACAAAGAAUCCCAAAAGGUUGUGGAUUUCGCAGAAAAUGUGGAUGGCAGUCACAGCACCUGGUCGAAGACUGGUCCAUCUUUUGGAAAUAUACCGUCACCACAGAAUCCAGGAGCCGAAGGUUCAGGUUUACUUCAAGAAUCUGGUUGCACCGUACUUGUGUCCCCAUCGAACAGCGCCCCUCGGAGGAAGCACCACGACUAUGAAAUAUCCGUACCCACAUACCGAAUAGGACAUUACACUUUAAAGGCUGAGGAUCCGACCGGCACUAGGCUUGGAAUACCUGGUAUUCAACGUAAAGGGAGAACUGAAAUCUACAAUUCGUUUUUACUCUCAUCUUCCAUACACAGAAUCUUGCCUUCAGAUUCUCCAUGCUUGCUGGACAACGAGAAGUCCAGAUUUUCAGUCAUCGAGGCUUCUGAUGCUUCGGAGCUACCAAACUGGCGAUACAUCGGGAGUCCACAGGAGGAACGUGUAUUCAAGAGUAGUUCACGUCAGGGGUCGAAAGACGUAGAAAUGUGGUUAGAACUGGCAUUGAAUCACAUCGACUUUGACAUCGCCUGUGAGAAGCCCAAAGCACGGGACGAGGCUUUGUGCAUUUUGUCACGAGGUUUGGAAACCAAACAAAACUCGGUUACUUUGUGGAUGGCGUAUUCUUGCCUCUUUCACACCCGAAGAGACAAUCCAGAAAGUGACGACAUGUUCCAAUAUGCGAUACAGUAUAUUCCAGGGUCUUACGAACUCUGGCUUUUGUACAUCAAUAGUCGACCUGAACUUUCUUCACGCAUGGAGGCCUAUGAGAAAGCAAUUGUGGCACUCGUCGAGAAUGGAAAUCAGUCGGAGCUUUUGAAGGAAGAUACGAGUGCUUGUCUGCUAGACAUUGCCCUGCAGAUGCUCUACUGCAUGUGUGUUUCGGGAAGCAUGCAAGAUGCACUUACCUGGGUGGACGAUUUAAUUCAUGAUGCCUCCACCGGAGUUCAAAAGGUAUUCCGCAGGGGCAGCACAUCCUCUCUUCUCUCUUAUCUGACGCCGCAUGAUGCAUGUAUACUUUGGGUAUCCUGCACCUACCUCUCUGCAUGUGGGGAGUUGCCAGUUGUCAUCACCAGGCGGCUCGGUUGUAAACAUGAGCUUUCUUAUACCCUUUCCUGGAGUAAGGGUGCCAGCUCUGAGAAGGUGAAAUGUGCACGCGUUAUGAAGACACUGAGCACCGCUGCCUCUUCAGGAAGAGGAUGCUUGUCACUUGAAGAUCCACACCCAUCGAUGUUUGACUGCAACAAUCGAAGCAAGCAGAUGCUGGGGGUGAAUUAUGUCCAAUGCUUAGCUAUCUAUGAGGGAUUAGAUAGUGCAGCACGUCUUGGUAAGCAUUUGAUCGACCUGUAUCCAACUUCUGUGGAGCUUGUUCUUGUCUGUGCCCGCAUUGAGGAACGUCGGGCUGGUAGUGACGCCGGUUUGAAAGUAUUUGAGGAGGCCGUUUCGUGUUGGCCUGACGACCAGCCUGGAAUUCAACGGUUGUGGAAUCAGUACGCAGUGCACGGAUGGCUGCGGGGUGGCAGCACCUCGGUCAGCAAAGUGCUAAGUAAGAGUAUUCCUAGCAGGAUACAUCAUCCAAUUGCUCGAACGGAGGAUCCAUAUUCGAGGAAUCAAACCUGUGAAAGUAAUGACUCCACUGGACGCAUUGGUGUAAGGACAGGGAGCAGACUGCAAGACGAGUCGUCCGAUAUCUGGAGUCAUUUGAGAGAACAUUACCACUCUCUUUUGUUCAUAUCUGGAAGCUCUGAAGGAAGUACUUUUGCUCAGGCGAGGUAUGACGAGGAUUCAGUGUAUGGCCUGAUAAAUUUAGCACUCGUUGAAGCACUUAGUGGGGACCGAGCUGGUUCUCUGUCAGCGAUCAACAAAGCUAUGAGAUAUGCAGGAUUGGAACGGGAUUUAAAGCAGUGCUGGAAAGAGCUCGCUUGUCUUCAAGUUUUGAGUGCGGAUGUGAAGGAGCAAAAUCUGCUGCGCCUUCUUGAUAGGUGCAAAACAGAGUCUUGCAUGUUAUCGCAGUUGAAACCUUUAUCAUUCAAAGUUCUAGAAGAGCUGAAAAGGCCACAUGUUCGGAAGUUUUUUGUUGAUCUGCUAGGUCCCUUGCCAACAGACCCUUCAUUGCUGAACUGCAUUCUUGAGAUAUGGUAUGGGCCCUCCCUCCUACCUUCCGAGGUCCUCCAUACCAAGAAGGAUGUUUUCCAUUUUGCUGAAGGAAUUCUAGAGGCUGUGCCUGGCAAUGUAGAGGUGGCUCUUUCCUUGUGCAAGAUGGUAAUCCAAGAAGGUGGGUCCUCAAUCAGCAAGUCCUUGUCUUCUGCAAUGUGGGCAAGUGCUCUGCUCAUAAGCUCCCUUCAACAGUCUUCUCCAGUUGCUCCUGAAGUUUAUUGGGUGGAAGCCGGAGUGCUCCUCAGACACGUAACGAGAGAUGAGUGUCUGGAAGAAUAUUAUUUGCACGCUCUAGUCAAGUACCCGUUUUCUGUGGCAUUACGACAUGGUUUGGAGGAGGUGCGACUUCAAAUGCAGGAGUCAGGCGUUGGUAGAGCAGGAACGCAUCAGGCGGACAUGGUUCGCGAUUCUGCAGGGCCGAUUGACGUCUAGGUCGGUUGACAUGGCUUUCCACGGAGGAGUUUUUGAGAACGGGAUUUUUCAAGCGUAAUCGCCACAUGUUUCUAUCACCAAUGCACUGAAUGAAACAGACUGAGUGAGUGCGGACCUCACUAUCGAAGGAUCGAGGUGUCCACCCGUACAGCAUGGUGCCAGCUUCUUAUCUUAAUCGUCUUCCCAAGUAGCAAACUCAUCGUACAAGGUGAGUCCUGAUGUACUCUCUUUCACGACUUAAGAUAUCGAUUCAGCGAAGAGUGAAGUGGAUCGAAACACUCACGCAUUAUACAUAUCUGACUGAAGGUUGCGCCUACGGGGUCGCGUCCAGGUUAGGUUGAAGAUUGACACAUACAAAUCUAGAGAAAUCGACUCAGCUAGCAGAUGUCGGCUGGUUGUAAAAUACAAGAGAACGUGUACAUACUCUGCGCCUUGGUACGGUAUUAGAUCUGUAGAAACGCCCACAAAAUAUCUCCCUCACUGACUCUUGAGCCACUUGCCAGUCUUUAAUUGGAACCUUACGUCCUGCUACUGUGGGAGAAACUGUUCAGCAUUGUAACUGAACUAGCGUCGAGGUCGAGAUCCCGACCGGAUCACGGCUUCCUGGGAACUUAAUGAUCUCAACUAACUGCGCAAUCUACCAAAGGAUAUAGGGAGAAAACCAAGAAGUUCCUACCUUUUAUGCACCUUGUCUGUCGUAACCCGGGUAGAUCUAUGAUUUGUGUAGAUGACAAACCCUUCAAUCUCCACAGCCUAUGAACUGUAGCCGAAAUUCACUGGAUGUAGAUUGAGGGGAUAAGAAGUGAGGAAUAUCUGGUUUAAGAAAGAAAAAGGGUUGAUUUGAAAGAGAGAAGUUGCCUAAGAUGCUCAUGUCUCCAAUCCUAGCACGAGGAAGAAGAGAACCUCGACUUUGUUUUUCCGUUGAGGGGUCUUAUUAUUGUGGUCGAACCUCUUGCACCCGACGGGAAUUAUUAAUGGUGUUAUUUGUGCUGUUAGAUUGUAUUGAUUUCUGUUCCAGCCAUUUAUCGACGUAGCCAAGCCAUUCGGCUGAACUCUUGCGUAUUGGAGCUCCCAAUAUGUUAGUGUUCAUCUCUCUCCAGGCCAGCUUUGAACAAAGAUUGGCGUUGAUCGUGCCCACUUCAAUUUAUUUUUUGGUUCUAGCACGGAGCACCGGUGUUGAUGAUGCUGCGGGCGGGCCUCUAUUUGGGAAAUCGGGAAAGGCUGGAUGAGUGUUACAUAUAUACCUAUAUCUAUAUAUGUCCUGUUGCUAUCAUGGCGUUGCACAUGCCCACACGGUUUAGCGUGUGGGUCUUUCUGACUAUCAGAUGAUCAGAUGAAGACGAGUUCCGAAUCACGGAGCGUGCGGAAGACGUGGAGCAACGGCUGCCAGUUUUAUCCAGUACAGGUGUAUUUUUUGGCGCUCUUUCCACACACCCUUUAGUAUCCAUAGUAGGAAGCCUGGAAGUCAUUUAGGAUUAUAUUCACCAUUUAUUGUGUAAAAGAGUUGCGGAUCAUAUACUGUUGAAAUUGCCUUAGUUAGAAAGUUCGCUACCUCUAUCGGGUCGAGAUUAAUUUUCCUGGGGUUGAGCACAUUUUGUAUCAUAAUCAACAAUGUGUAAAUUUGUAAUAUCACAUUCUUUGGACAGUAAAGUUGA